UUCCAGGGAAAUUAUCUCCUGGCAGACUUCAAUAAUCCAUCGUCCAGAAGAACAAUUUGAUAGUGACUCAUUUCAAAAUGUGUUGUACAUAAAUGUUGUGGUUCAUUUUAAACAAAACUGACUGAAUGGUUGUUAGUUUUGCUCAAUGGCUUGUCCAAUUGUAUUAACUUUUUUUGCCCAUUCCUCAAUAAAUCAGAGGUGAAGAACCCAACAAGGACGACCUCAUGAAGUCAAACAUCCUCACCACAACAGCCAUGAUGGCUUUUCCUUUCAUGAACUCCAGUGGCCCAGACAGCCAGGUGUCGGUGGGCCCGUCCCCCGAGCCCGGCCCGCAUUGUCCCUCGGACACCAGCUCCAUGCGGAUCCCCCUGACGCUCUUCUACGCCCUCUUCGUCGUGCUCGGCCUGGCCGGGAACCUGCUGGCCCUGUGGGUGUUCCUGCUCGACCGCUCCAAGAAGGGCUCCGACAAGAAGGCCUCCGUGGACGUGCUCCUGGUCAACGUGGCGCUGUCAGACCUGCUGCUGGUGGCCUGCAUGGCCUUCAGGGUGUGGUACCACGGGGUGCGCGGGGAGCGCUGGGAGCUGGGCGCCACCAUGUGUCAUGUGGUGCACAACUUGUUCGCCAUGAACAUGUUCAUCAGCAUCGUGCUGCUGGGGCUGAUCAGCGUCGACCGUUACGUGAAGAUCAGCCGAGGCGGGGUGCCGCUGCAGCGGCCCCGCGGUCUGCCGAUGAGGUGCGGCUGGAGAACUGCCGCCUGUGCCCUCAUCUGGGCCCUGGCGCUGGCCUUUACCCUGCUGAUGACCCUGCUCGGCGAGGAGACUCCCAAGGAGCUCAACAGAUGCUUCCAGUAUAAGUCACUCCAGCACUCCAAGUGGAAGGGCUACCGCAACCUCAUAAUGGUGGUCGUCGUCUGGAUCAGCUACGGCUGCAUGGUGGUGUGCUACGUCAAGAUCGCCUUCAAGCUGCUGAGGACGUCCAAGGAGAAGCCCGACCUGCCCAACGCGGCCCGCUAUGCCCGGACGGCCAAAAAGUCCUUCUUCAUCCUCUUCCUCUAUACCGUGUGCUUCUUGCCCCACCACAUAGUGCGCGUCUUCUACAUCGUCACCCAGAUCACCGACACGUCCUGCUACUGGAGGGGCGUGGUCUACCAGGCCAAAGAGGUGGCCCUGCUCUUCUCUGCACUCAACAGCUGCCUGGAUCCCAUCAUGUACUUCCUGCUGUCGUCGUCCAUGAGGAAGCAGGUGAUGCGGUUGCUGGGCAGCGUCAGGCAGGACCUUCCCGAGACAGCCGUUGACCGGGCUGGUGGGCGUCUUCGGGAAUAAUACGGCUGACAUUACAAGAUGGGGAAGGGGAAUGCCAGCGAGAAUGGAAACCUAUGUAUAUGUAUUCCACAGCUACAACAGAAUUCUUAUUUUUCUACUGAGGCAUUCUACUCUGUAAUUUCUGAACAGGAGAACGUUGCUAUGGACACGUUUUCAACUGUUAAAUAUUUUCUUGCCGUUAUAUUUUGUGUCAAAUUAUUUUUUAUCAAACAUGCAUUAAAAAUGAUUAUGAAUGUAUUAUUUAUUGGGAAAUGUAUGAAGAAAUAAAUACUUGAAUGUUUCCU